AAUAAAAUUGCUCUAUGGCUCAGAAGAGGAUAAUUUUAGGAUACUUUUUUUUCUUACAAAGUUAUAAUUCUUUUAAAGCAGUAAAAUAAGACAAAACCUAUAUAAAUUGGGUAUCACUGUAAUCGUGUUGACCUAGAGAAUAAAGAUAAUGUAUCAUUUUAUUCAAAGAACAAUUGGUCCAACAUAAAACAAACUCUUUUUUAUGUGUCUGUAGGUGGACAAUUGAAAGAUUUAUUGCUAUAAAUAUGCGAUGAGGAAAAAUAUGAAAAGGUAAAAUCGCUGUUUCCUCAAGGACCUGCUCUGUACUUGCUUUUUUUUAUAUGUAAUAUGCAGAGAAACUUUUAUAUUGCGCCAUAACUAUGUUGUGUUACAAAAUAAAAUACAUAUAUGAUGCUGCUCUCUUCCCAUAAAGGCACAAACAUCUUACAACCCCCUCCCUCCUAGAUCUUCUCAUUCAGCUCUACGGAGCCCAUGUGACCCUAACCACGUGAUGUUUUCAUAGUCCCUGCACCAGCUCUUUAAAAUAACCAUGGCUAAAGCUGAUUGGCUGGUGCGGGUCACAUGCUUGUUGGUCUCUAGGCUAUGAGUCAUACGGCGUGUGUUUCUGGUUGCUAGGAUGAGGGUCGCAGGGCUGCUUCCGGGAGAGGACGAGCUACUGCUCAUGCGCAGGUUUGAAUCUCUGCCAUUGAGUCCUGCAGAGGAGCGGGGUCCCCGGCUGAGCUGUAGGAUACGUGAACAGAACGUGCUGACCCUAUGUAAAGACACAGCAGGUACUACAGCAUAGAUAUAAUGCAGCAGUGGUCCCCAAAACUACAACUCCCAUCAUCAACAGCUGGAGGGCACAGCCACCAGUAUCACAGAACUCCGGUCCCUAGUGCAAUGCUCUUCCGGUUCAGGGACGUGACAUCAUAGGCCCAGUUUCUACUAAAAAAUGGUCAAUUGGUAAAAGAUGGAAAACAAUAAAAAACAUUGGAUUGAAGAGCUGUUCUCUCCACACUUCAGUGCAGAAAGUUUUGAGGCAGAACUGCUGAUAUCAGAAAAACAGGCGAAGGAGAGAGCCCAAAAGGUGGAAGCAAUCUACAAGGAUGUAUUGUGUGAAUUUCAGGAAAAUGAAACAAAGAAGAAAAGAGACCUCCUGUCUAAAAUGAUCAUUCACGAGUCUUCUGUGCAGGACCAGCCUGGUCCAGCCCAACAUGCCACCUGUGAGUCCUGUCAAAAAGCGAACAAUGAUUCUGCUUCAGCCAGUAAAAGCAGCAGGUAUUGUAUAUGGAAUGAGAAGGAAUUAAAUCUCUUAAGAUCUGAAAUGAAUGAAAAACAUUCUGAGGGAGCUCAUUUGAGCCUUCAGCUUAGUGCUUGCAAGCUUGAGAUAUCUGAAUUGAAGGCCAAACAAAAGGAGACUGAAAGGGAGUUGGAAGCUCUGAAAAUGGCAUUGGCAGCAUCAAAAAGAGCGAAUGAAUGUAAACGUGUUCUGAUAAAUGAACUGAAGAAAGAGGGAGAGAAAAAGGAGGCAAAUCUACAGGCCCUGAGGAAAGACAUGCAUAAAAAAUGUGCCGUGGUGCAGGAACUUACAACAAGCAUGAGUAAUGCCAGAGAGGAGAAACGACAUCUCCAGCUCCGAAAUACAGAACUGCAGCAGGAGAUGAGUACUUUACAGCAGCAACAGCAACUUAAAGUUAUCAUUGCUUCAGAAAAGACAAAACUCAGGUAUGAUGCACAAAUAAAGAAGCUGCAGCAGGAAAUAGAGACUCUUAAGGAAGAGAGGCGAGUAGAAAGACAUCAGCGUGGUCAGGAUGUUGCUGAACUGGAAUUCUUACGGAAACUCUACAUCAAUGAAAAAUGAUAUUUUUUGUAUAGAAAUGUAUAACCAAACUAAAAAAAACUUGUUGGCAUCUGUUUGAAAACAUGUCUUUCAUAACUAGGGGGAGCAGAGCCAUACCUGUAAGAACUGUCUUAGGAUGUAUUCACCUGCAUCAGAUUUGUUGCAGAAAUUUCUAUAUUUCAUCCAUCUGAAUGUGCAUGGAUUUUUUUGGAAACUAGACUCACAUAAAUGGGAGGAAAAAGGACAUUGCUGCAACAAAUCUGCUGCAUGAGCACUUUUAAAGGAGUUGUCUAGGGGGGGAAAAAUGUUACAUGUGGCUGGGGGUGACAUAAAAUUCAAAAAGGAUCUAUACUCACCUAC